UGCGCGUCCAAGCCCAGCGCCUGCGCGUGCUGAAGGCAACCGGGAGGGGAGACCGAGCGUGCGGCCUGGGUAGCCGGAUUCCGUGACACCACUUGGGCAUCGCGCCACCACGGUCUGUCCGGCAUGGAGAGCGAGUGUCGGGUGCUCUCCAUCCAGAGCCAUGUCGUCCGUGGCUACGUGGGUAACCGGGCGGCCAUGUUCCCGCUGCAGGUUUUGGGGUUUGAGGUUGAUGCGGUGAACUCUGUGCAGUUUUCCAACCAUACAGGCUAUGCCCACUGGAAGGGUCAAGUGCUGAAUUCCCAGGAACUGCAUGAGCUGUAUGAAGGCCUCAAGAUGAACAGUGUGAAUAAGUAUGACUACGUGCUCACUGGUUACACGAGAGACAAGUCCUUCCUGGCCAUGGUGGUGGACAUCGUGCGGGAGCUGAAGCAACAGAACUCCCAGCUCGUGUACGUGUGUGAUCCCGUGAUGGGUGACAAGUGGAAUGGCGAAGGCUCCAUGUACGUUCCUCAGGACCUCCUUCCUGUGUACAGGGACAAAGUGGUGCCCGUGGCAGACAUCAUCACUCCCAACCAGUUUGAGGCUGAGUUGCUGAGUGGCAGAAAAAUCCACAGUGAGGAAGAAGCCCUGGAGGUGAUGGACAUGCUGCACUGCAUGGGUCCUGACACAGUGGUCAUCACCAGCUCUGACCUGCUCUCCCCACGGGGCACUGACUACCUGAUCGCACUGGGCAGCCAGAGGAUGCGGAAGCCUGAUGGCUCCACGGUGACCCAGCGCAUCCGGAUGGAGAUGCGCAAGGUGGAUGCUGUCUUCGUGGGCACUGGGGACUUGUUCGCCGCCAUGCUUCUGGCGUGGACACACAAGCACCCCGACAAUCUGAAGGCGGCCUGUGAGAAAACUGUGUCUGCCAUGCAACACGUGCUGGAGAGGACCAUCCGGUGUGCGAAAGCUCAAGCAGGAGAGGGACAGAAGCCCAGCCCGGCUCAGCUGGAGCUGAGGAUGGUCCAGAGCAAAAAGGACAUCGAGGACCCCGAGAUCAUCGUGCAGGCCACGGUGCUGUGAGGGCCGUGAGCUCGCCCUGACACAGCACAGCGUGCUGGGGUCUCCGUUUCCAUCCCUGUGAGAGCUGUGAAGUCUGCCUUAGAACCCUGACUGAAACUCAACAUGGUGUUCCCUCCUGAGGGUCGGGUCUCAGCCUGUCUCAAUCCUGAAAAUGUGCCAUCGUGGCUUUUUAAAAUAAUAACAAAGCUGUCACGAAAUGUGACUCAGAAACAUGGCCCCUUCCCCCAAGGCCCUGGGCCUCCUGACUGCCUCACGCUGCCUCACAGGUCUGUGGGAGGGAGGAGGCAGAGGCAAGCCUGUGCCUGUGGACCCUUCUGUUGGCCACUGGCUGCCAUUGCCCCAGAUCCUGAUUGUGCUGGGACUGGGCCUGCGGGCACACUGUCUUUAAAAUUGGGUUAGGUCCUAACCAUUGGCAUCUGGAAGAAUUAUGCCAAAUAUCUUCAUUGCCGUUCUGGUCUUACCCUUGUUCCUGCAUUAGAGUUUCUGUGUGAGUCUCUGCUGCUCUUAGUGUGUCCGAGAACGUCGGACUUACACAACUGUUGUACUGUGUGGGAAGCGUUAUAUCCUCAUGCUUCAGUAGGCACACAACCAUGUUGUCACUGUGACAGGGACCUUGUAAAGGCCCUGAACAUUCCAGAGGAUCUGCAAGCCUCCUGGGUGUCAGCAGGAUCUCCUGUAACUUGGGACCAACUUCUGAGAAACUGACCAACAUAGGGGUCAGCUGCUGAGCCUAAGGUGGCUAUGGAAGUUCAGGGAAGGUUGCCACACGGGGCUCUUGGGGACACGCACCCUGUGCUGCACUUGCCAAGUAUUGCUGGGGACAGUACAUUGCUGCAGACAUGUUUGGACAGACAGGGCAGGAGCAGCAGAGGGGUCUCCUCCCCAUGGUGGCAUACUUAACCCUGGUUCCUCUCCCCAUUUCUGUAUUCUGUGUCCAGCACAUGCUGAGGGGCAAGAGGCCCUUGCGUGAAGCCGGCUAGCUCUCUGCCUCCUUGGCAGUCCCAUGAGAGCAUGUUGGCACUGUAGGUGCAGGAGACCGGGACAUGCUCCGUUUGCAUUGCUCACGUGUGGCUUUCCUGGCUGCACAUCCUAGAGUUUGGGGUCCUGAGUCAUAGCUGUGAGUGGGGCUGUCCACUUAGAUUUUCCUUUAUCUCAGCAGUCAUGUCCGUCUCCCUGUACCUCAGUUUCUGAGAUUCGCCUCUUCUGAGAAACCACACCCUCAGGAAAAAUGGAGACUGAAGAUCUGGGGACCACAUCUAGGGGCGCUUGGCUGCAGCCCACAGGCAGGCCUCUGAGAGCCACAGCCUACCUUAACCUAGUCCAGUGUUCCCGUUCCCAGUUAAAAUGCCCUCGAUGCAGGAGACGCUGGUCACAUGGACCUGCACCAGUCCAGCUGAACUUUCUCAGCAGCCCGUACCCUGAGCUUCUCACUUCUCUCUCUCUCUCUCUCUCUCUCUCUCUCUCUCUCUCUCUCUCUCUCUCUCUCUCUCUCUCUCUCUCUCUCUCUCUCUCUCUCUCUCUGUCCCCUACCCCCUCUCUCACACACACACACAUACAUACCCACACACAAAAAAAUAAAAUAAAUGUAAUUUUUAAAAUUACCUUGUCCAUCAUUAACCCAGCCUAGGAUAGCUAGCUCUCUGGCAUGUGUUUCCUGGUCCCAGUAACCUCUGAGCCCCGAGUAUUGCUGACCAGAAGAAGGAAAGCCAUGUCCAGCAGCCUGGAAGGGAGGAACAACAUUCCCCUAAGUCACAGGCAAAGCGCAUCACUGUGCCCCAGAGAGCAGGAACACCACAUUGCCAGCAGUGAGGACAACUUCCUUUCCUGAUUAGGGUGUUGAGACUGCACAGGAGAUGGUGCAGUUGGUAAAGUACUUGCCAUGCAAUCACGAGGACCUGAGUUCAGUCCCCAGCGCCUCAGUGUGGUCGUGCAGCGUGUACCUAGAACCUUAGAAACAGGAAGGUGCCUGGGGCUCUCUUGACAGCCAGUCUUUUCACUGGUGAGCUCCAGGUUCAGUAAGGAGAGACCCUGUCUCAAAACAAAAAGUGGAGAGCAAUUAAGGAAGACCCCAGAUGUUGACCUCUGGCUUCACACACAUAUGCUCACAAUAAAGGAUAAAGUCUGGCCUGCAUGUGUGUGAAGAGCUGUGAAGACACACACACACACACACACACACACACACACACACACACACACACACACCGCAGAGCAGUACUGGGUGUUGAGGAUUUCUGUGUGCUGGGUCUUCAUGAGCGCAAUCUGCAAACACACCAGGAGAGCCUUAGCAAUUUACUGUAGCCAGAGCUAAUGGGGUGGGGGAAAGCCUUUCUUGCUAACACAGCAUGCUGAGUGCUGUCCUCUCAUGAGGACUUCUCCUUAAUCCUGAACUUGGUGUGUUCUGAAUUGUCCUCCUGUGUCACAGCUUUGGAGCCCAGGGGACAGGGGCACAGGCUGAGGGUCAGGCAUGUGACUAAGAAACAAUAAAUGCUUUGAUCGUGGGCAUGCGCAGAAGCAGUGCUUACCACAGAAACGUCUGCAGCCUGCCUGCCAGCAGUCACAAGGUCUGGUGCCUGUGUGUCCAAACUAGAGUUGGCUUUGCUCUCGCUCUCCUUAGCUUGGCUAUGAAAUGAUGCAUAUGGAAAUGAAACUUAGCUCAGUAUUGCCUGCUUCCUCCUGGGGACGCCCUUUGAUGCUAUCUUAGUCCAUCUCCUUCAACCUCCUGAAGACUAAGGGGAAAUUCUAACAUCUGCUUCUUUUUAAAUCAUUGCCUGGUCCUGUUAGAUAACCAUGUGCCUCUGUCGUAGUUUUGCAAUAUGCUAGUAAUUGUGAAAACGAUACUGUGCUUUUCUUCCAGUUGGGAGAACCCAGUUUUUUGUUUUUUGGUUUUUGGUUUUUGGAGACAGGGUUUCUCUGUGGUUUUGGAGGCUGUCCUGGAACUAGCUCUUGUAAACCAGGCUGGUCUCGAACUCACAGGGAUCCACCUGCCUCUGCCUCCUGAGUGCUGGGAUUAAAGGCAUGUGCCACCAACGCCCUGCGAGAACCCAGUUUUUAAAGGCUGCUUGAUUGUUCAUUGGGAGUGGCCAUGGCUGGCUUCACUGUGCUGAAGAGGGGAAUUGAGAGGAGGGAAUUACAUGCCCCAUAGGCCGUGUCCCCAGUAUGACGUCACCACCACCAUCUGGGGUUACAGGAUAGCAGUGGCUGUUAGAGGUCAUGCCCUCUGGCGUCCCUAUUGGGGAAUGCAGGGCUGUCCUGAAGGAGGCAGGUUGGCUGGUGCAGCACUGAGUCCUCUGCUGUGCCCCUGGCCAACUCCUGACCCCAGCGUCCAGCUCCCAUUGCUUCAAGCCUCACAUUGUCUGGAGCUGACGAGUAUAGAAGAAAGAAGUGAAUGUACUUUGGAACUCUUUGCUUUCUUUGCCCACUUGGUCAUGUAUCUGUCUUUGCUUAUGCAGUUCUCAAAUGCCCAGUGACAGCUGGGCUGACCACAGCCUGCACUGGGCCCAGAGAGGGGACAGGCAAGGACACAGGCUUUGGUGGUGGCAUCCAGAUUCCAUGUGUCCUCCAGAGGGUGCUGCAGCCCAGAGGUCCCUUUUGUUCCUGUCCCUUGUCAGUUGGGGUGCUUCUCUUCCAGUCAUCCAUGCAGCUACUUGCAGUGAGAGGCCCUGCAAAGCCAGGUCUGUGCAAGUGACAGUGGAUGCUGACCUCAGGGCCCACCAGUGGAUGCCUAGAAAGGCUGUCCCCCGAGGGGCAGUCCUGGGAGGUCAGGUUCACUGUAAGUUUUUUCACAGAACUGUGGGCUCUGUGGGGAAGGCUUGAACCUGGUCCCAGCAGUCUGAGUGGAUGCUGUUCUCUGAUGGCUUGAGUGGUGCAGGAGAGCCCCGGAAUGGAGGCCCAUCUGGGCAUGCAUGUGACAGUCCGUUCCUUUCCUCCACUUGCUGUGACCGCUUCAGGUGGGGGCUGGCAGGGCAUUUGCAGGUUCCAGUCCUGUGGAACCUGGGUCAGGAGAUGUCUGCUUCCUGUUGCCCAUUUUCAGUAGUUACUCUUUACAUCAUAUUAAGAGGCAAUUCUUGCCUGGCAUGGAGGUGCACAGCUGCAAUCUGGAGCCCUAAAGGCUGAGGCAGGAGGAUAGCUGUGUAGUAAGAAGUAUCUUUAAACUCACAGUUAUUCCUGGAUUUUUCUUUUUCCUAUUUAAAGGGUUCCUCGCUAUGUGAGUCAGGCAGGAGCAUGUCCCCAGCAGGAGUCUCCAUCUCCUGUCUGUUACCCACUGUACCUUGGGCUGAGCCCUGGAAAACAGCCACUUCAGGUGAACUUAGCUCACCUAUGCCAACAGCUCCUCUUUUCUUUCCCUAGCUCACUGUGGGCACUUUCUGGUCUUUCUGCAACAGUAUACACAUUCCAGGUGUAAAGGUCUCCCCUAUCGCCGUGGGGACCCCACCCUGCCCCUGUCAGCUCUCAAAUAGCCAGCUAGGGCUACUCCUGCCCUGUGGCUUUAGGCGGGUGGAAACAGGGCAGAGCCUGCCACUUCAACCUUCAUGCUUGGAAGCUCCCAGAAGGCCUUGGGGUGCAACCAUGGCCAUGCCUCACCGCCCAUCUUAUAGAGUUUGCAGGCCCACCAAGGCAGGCUGAGAUUCUGGGUGAACCAUGGCCGCACCUCACUGCCUGCCUUGCUGGGCCUGGCCGUCCUCCAUGAAGACAAGUGGAAGAGCCUUCCUUAGUGUGACCUGGUCUGGUGCCCUGGAAGUCUCCGAGCUACAUGCUCACCAAGGACCUGGUUCAUGCCUGACAUGGGGAGGGUGUGCUCUGGGGGUGACUGGACAAUUAGAAGACUCAGAGACUUAGCACAUGCUUCUAGUGUCCCACAGAGCAGAAAGGCAGAAGUCAGGUUCCCUCGAUGCUCUGACCUGGCCAAUUCCCACAAGACGCCUAAGGCCCUUUGGGUUUUGGUAGGCAUGGAUGUCAAUAUUUUUGUAAAUGGAGUUGAAUUCAACAUAGCUCUUGAAGGAUGAGACAUGGGUGACCUCUUGAGUGCGCUUAGCUUCAUAGCUGCCUAAUUCCUGAUAUAGACCUUGUCAGAGUUUCACCGGUGUUUUGCAAACCUGGACCAAUCAGAAGACGGGCUGCACCUCUGGGGCUGGCCUGACCCUACUAUUCCUACCCAGAGACCUCAACUUUUUGGAGGCUCCUAACCGUUAGAGUAAAGCACAGCUGGCCCACCGCCCCUGGUGUACAGGAGGCGGGUGCUCUGGGCUUAGGUGGUCUCUGGUCCAAGUCGUCCAGCCCCGUGUACUGUCCUUUGUCAAUGCGUCUGUAGACUUUAGCACCUGUCAGCACUGUGUAGUUGUGUCUGUUUUGUGCUGGUCUGUUGACCUCUAUGAUUAUCCACAAAUAAAUAUUUUCAUUGCA